CAUUGAUAUGUGGCACUGACUGGCACUGAUGGAUGACACUGAAAGGCAGCUCAAAUGGGCACUGAUAUGUGGCAUUGAUGUGCACUGGUAGGCACUGAUAUGUGGCAUUGAUGUGGCACUGAUAGGCACUGGCACAUGGCACUGAUCGACACUGACAGCUGGCACUGAUGGACUUUGACAGGUGGCACUGCUGGGGCUACACUGAUCAUCAGGGCACACUGAUCAUCAGUGCCCUGAUGAUCACUGUCAGCGUGACAGCUCGAGAGGAGAGAAAUGCUGAUAACCGGCAUUUCCCUGUUUACAUGUGAUCAGCUGUGAUUGG